GUUUUCUUAUUUUGAAAUGACAUUUUAUUAGAUUUAUAAUUUCUUUUAAUGACAUAAAAAUCUAAUUCAACUGGAUCAUUUGGAUCAACUUGGUACUGUAUAUGUGAGGACCUGAAUGGACCGGACCGGACCAUUGGUACUACAACUGAAGGAGCUUGCUGGUUUGGGGGCUAGUUUCACCUGUGUGACCUCCGACAACAGGACACUACUAGACACCGCCUGUCAGAGGGGAUAUGGUCUUUCUUCCAUGGACUUUGGUUUCUUCUCUGGUACUGCUGGGGUGGACUGCUGCUACUGUUGAGGACAAGGAGGCUGAGGAAGCUGCUCUAAGCCAGGGAGACUUCCUUGGACCUGGGACCUGGGGGUAAUAGGACACUGCCCUAAGGAAGACUUGGACCUGGGGGUGAUAGGAAGCUGCCCUAAGGAAGACUUGGACCUGUGACCUGGGGGUAAUAGGACGCUGCUCUAAGGAAGACUUGGACCUGGGGGUGAUAGGAAGCUGCCCUAAGGAAGACUUGGACCUGUGACCUGGGGGUGAUAGGACACUGCUCUAAGGAAGACUUGGACCUGGGGGUAAUAGGAAGCUGCCCUAAGGAAGACUUGGACCUGGGGGUAAUAGGAAGCUGCCCUAAGGAAGACUUGGACCUGGGGGUAAUAGGACGCUGCUCUAAGGAAGACUUGGACCUGGGGGUAAUAGGAAGCUGCUCUAAGGAAGACUUGGACCUGGGGGUAAUAGGACGCUGCUCUAAGGAAGACUUGGACUAAGGGACCUGGGAGGACAUGAGGGUCAGUUUGGAUCAGGACCAUCCAGGCCCCCUGUGAAUGGGCAGAGAGAGAGAAGGAGCCCUGAUGUCUGAACUCCUGCUGCUGGUCUGUAUGACUCUCCUCUGCUCUGGGAUGGCUGGGGGACAGGCUGCUGGAGGAUGGAGACCAUGCACAGAUCUGUUACCUUUGGACUUCCUGUCGCGGGUCUUACCACCUGGCGGGGAGCCCCCCCUGCCGGAAGUGCACAUGGUCCAGUCCAGGGGGGCCCGGGGCCUGCAGCUAGCCGGCUAUCAGGAAGCCCUCAGCUUCCCCGCCUCGCAGCUCUUCACCAACUGUGACCACUUCCCUUCUGAGUUCUCCUUCGUGGUCACGCUCAAGAUCCCACGCCUUGCCAACAAGAGGAACGAGUACAUCUUCUCGUUGGUGGAGGAGGAGUCAGACCGGCUGCUGGUUGGUCUACUUGUCUCUCAGGAGAGGCUCCACUUCCUGUUCCAGGGCCCGACAGGCAGGAAACGGAUCACGUUUAGGGCGGUGCGGCUGGCGGACAACCACUGGCACACAGUGGUGGUGGCCGUCACCGGGCGCUAUGCUACACUCAGAGUGGACUGUGGUACGGCCCUGGAGCUGGUCUUUGAGAAGCCUUUUCCCAGUGAUCUCUGCACCGCCCACUCCAGGUUCUACAUCGGCAGCAGGAGGCGGUGGAAAGGACUGUUCUCCGGUUUGCUGCGACAGCUGGUCCUGUUGCCUGGGUCAGAUGCUACCUCUCGAGUUUGUCCCUCUUCAGACCCCAGACUGGCAGUCCUCGCAGUCCCUCAGGUCCUGCUCACCAUGCCCAUCACACCCACUGGGAAUGACAUAGUCCCCCUGUAUCCUUAUGAGGCGGAAGUGCGUAUAACCCCGGGGACCCAGCCUCCCUGUGCCAGGGCAGAGCAAGGUCAGCUGUGGUUUAACACACUGAAGAAAGGCCUGUUCCUGUGUGAUGGACGGCUGUGGCUGCCUCUGCUGCAAGAGAAAGAGCGUCUGGACUACGUUGAAGAUUACCAAGACCUUUACACCAACUCGGAGACGUUCGACAUCGAAGUGUUUCACAUCCCCUCCCAAGGACUGUUCGCUGCCACAGCCAAUCGCGAGACCAAGCCGGGCUCUGGGAUCUACAAGUGGGUGGAUGGGAAGUUUCAAGUGUAUCAGAACAUCAUCACCUAUGAAGCACGGGCAUGGAAGUUCUUUACUGUGGGCAACAAGAUGUUCCUAGCAGUGGCUAACUCCAAGGGCCAGCCCGGCGGGGAGUGGGAGGAGUCAGUGAUCUACAAAUGGAGCAGCAGGAAGUUAAUGUUCCUACCCUAUCAGACCAUAGAGACACACAGUGCUCUGGACUGGGAGGCCUUCAGCAUACAGGAACAACAUUUCCUGGCUGUGGCCAAUCACAGACGAGGUGACAACAAUCACAACAUCGACAGUGUGAUUUACCGGUGGAAUCCGGGCACCAAGGUGUUUGAGGUGAAUCAGACCCUCGAGACGUCUGGGGCCUACGACUGGGAGUUCUUUUCCGUGGGUCCAUACCACUUCCUGGUGGUGGCCAACACCUUCGAUGGAAUAUCCACCGCCAUCAACUCCACCAUAUACAUCUGGCUGGGAGGAAUGUUCCGGCCCUUUCAGUACAUCAAGACGGUGGGAGCGACAGACUGGGAGAUGUUCCAGAUAGGGGAUCGGUACUUCCUGGCGGUGGCUAACGGCCAGAAACUGAACGAGAGAGGCCCUAGUCACUACAACAUCAACUCAACCAUCUACGAACUGAAUAUGAUCACACAGACCUUCAUUAAGUUCCAGGACAUCGUCACAAACAGUGCGGUGGACUGGGAAUUCUUCUCGGUGGGUGAAGAGAAGUUCCUUGUUGUGGCAAAUUCUCACGAUGGAUCCUCGUAUUCUUUAAACAGUGUUAUAUACAGGUGGCAGGGAUAUGAGGGCUUUGUCCCGAUCCACCGGCUGCCGACCAUCGGCUGUACGGACUGGGAAUAUUUCAAUACCACGGCAGGAUCCUUUCUCGUCUACUCUAGUGCCACCUCUCCCCUGUCUAAAGUCUUCCGACUAAAGACAUACUGAUUCCUCAUUGUUCCCGACGCUCCACUAUCUGAGCCUGUUAGAGAAACGUGACCUAGUGGACAAAAUGGAGGGGAAUGAAUUACAGCUUUUCUAUGUCUUGCUGGACAGACUCAGGGCGUUCCUCCCCAGUUGUGUCGGAGAUCCAGAGGCUGUGGGAGAGAGAACUGCUUUUAAAAACGACGAGAGAGGCGAUGUUGCAGCAAGAGAGAGCGGAAAAUGAGGGAAGGAAUGUGGGACGUUGGUUUGUAAACAACUUACACUAUAAGAGGGACACGUUUCAAAAGUUUAUUCGUCACUUGCACACGAUACUACAGGUGUAAAACAGCACAGCGAAAUUCAUUGAGAGCUCUAACCCACAAUUCAGUGGUGAGGAUGAUGAUACAGAUGAAAAAAUAGAAUAAAACAUUAAAGUAAGAAUUAACCCAUAAAACAACGAUGUGAGUUAAAGAAACACGAGAACACAAGUAUAUACAGGUCAGUACCUUAUUCAAUGUCCAGGGGUUCUGGAGUGGUUGUAUAUACAGGUCAGUACCUUAUUCAAUGUCCUGGGGUUCUGGAGUGGUUGUAUAUACAGGUCAGUACCAGUACCUUAUUCAAUGUCCAGGGGUACUGGAGUGGUUGUAUAUACAGGUCAGUACCUUAUUCAAUGUCCAGGGGUUCUGGAGUGGUUGUAUAUACAGACCAGAACCUUAUUCAAUGUCCAGAGGUUCUGGAGUGGUUGUAUAUACAGGUCAGGUCCUUAUUCAAUGUCCAGGGGUUCUGGAGUGGUUGUAUAUACAGGUCAGUACCUUAUUCAAUGUCCAGGGGUUCUGGAGUGGUUGUAUA